AUGGGCUUCUGGGAUUUUCCUCUGCAUAAGGUAAUCUCUUUUUUCCUUUAUUUAGAAUACCAAAUCCAACAGGCGUUCCGGUUUAAACGACUUGUAGAUGGAGAUGGAGAGGGACGGAGAGGGAAGAAGAAACCAUCAUGGUUAACUCCGGUUUCUCACGGAUACUAUACCAUCGACCGGUUAAGCUAUAACGACCGUUCAUCGAAUGCCGAUUCGGUUAUCGUACAGAGAGAGCAGCAAAGUGAAGAGCUCGAGAUUUGGUUCUUCGCAGCUUCGAAUUCUGGAACAGGGAAAGAUAUUGUCAAAUAUAUGCAGAGCCAUCUCUUCGAUAAGCUCAACAAUGAGCAUGGGAUUAUGAGAAAGUGUAAAGAGACGAUGAGAAGAGCGUACGCCGAGGAAGAGAGAAGCGGUGGCUCGGCGGCUUCGGCGGCGGUGGUGAACGGAGAAAAGCUAAUUAUGGCCAGUAUCGGCGGCCAUAGAGUGGUGGUUUGCAGAGACGGUCAGGCUCAUCAAAUCAGAGAUAAGAACCGGAGAUCUUCAACAAAACGUUGGUCACAGAUUGUUUUCCCUGGUUUGUUUCUUCAAUCCCAAAUUUUGCUGGUUAAAUUCGGUUCAGACCGGUUUGUGCAAGCUUUGCUUUCAUUUGUAGUUUGUAAUCAAGGAGAAUCAGAAGAUGAAUCAGAUCUAAGAAGUCAAGAAUUUGCUUUGGUUACAGAAAAGAUUAAUUCAGAUACAGAGUUUAUCAUUAUUGGAAGCUCUGGAAUUUGGGAGGUGAUGAAGAAUCAAGAAGCGAUUAACUUAAUCAGACACAUCGAAGAUCCACAGGAAGCUGCAAAAUGCUUAGCCAAAGAAGCCUUAAACAGGAUUAGCAAAAGCGAAAUCUCUUGUGUUGUGAUUAGGUUUGACUAA